CUUGCGUGCCCUGGCUGCUCUGCUCUCUCGCUCUCUCGCUCUGUGGCUGCCGCUGGCUCCCCCUCCCCCGCGCGGCGCUGAGGCAGAGGCUGAGGCGCCCGGGGCCUAGUGGAAGAGGCCGGGCUGGCGCGGGCGGAGAGGCUCCCCACGCCGCCGCCGCCGCCACCGCCGCCGCCACCGGCCCCGCCAUGGAGGGGAUGGACGUGGACCUGGACGCCGAGCUGAUGCAGAAGUUCAGCUGCCUGGGCACCACCGACAAGGACGUCCUCAUCGGGGAGUUCCAGCGCCUUCUCGGCUUCCAGCUCAGCCCCGCCGGAUGCGCCUUCUUCCUCGACAUGACCAACUGGAACUUACAAGCAGCCAUUGGAGCCUACUAUGAUUUUGAAAGUCCAAACAUCAAUGUGCCCUCCAUGUCCUUUGUAGAAGAUGUGACCAUAGGAGAAGGAGAAUCCAUCCCCCCUGACACCCAGUUUACAAAAACAUGGAGGAUACAAAACACAGGGACAGAAGCAUGGCCUCCAGGUGUUUGUCUUAAGUACGUCGGAGGAGACCAGUUUGGCCAUGUGAACAUGGUAAUGGUCCGAUCGUUGGAGCCCCAGGAGAUUGCAGAUGUCAGCGUUCAGAUGUGCAGCCCCAGUACUGCAGGAAUGUAUCAAGGACAGUGGCGAAUGUGUACUGCCACAGGACUAUAUUAUGGAGACAUCAUCUGGGUGAUCCUCAGUGUGGAAGUUGGAGGACUUUUAGGAGUAACACAGCAGCUCUCAUCAUUUGAAACAGAGUUCAACACGCAGCCACAUCGCAAGGUAGAAGGAAACUUUAACCCAUUCGCCUCUCCGCAGAAGAACAGGCAACCAGAUGAAAACAACUUAAAAGACCCUGGGGGUUCCGAGCUAGACACAAUCAGCAAAAACACGUGGGGGCCUGCUCCUGACCAAAUUGAACAAGAUCAGACUGAACUGUCACAAAACUCUGUAAAUCUCUCCCCCAGCAGUCACUCGAACAACUUAUCAGUAGUGACAUACAGUAAGGGUUUUCAUGGUCCUUAUCCCUUUGGACAGUCUUAAAAACAAAAACGGGUAUCGUCAAGAAGAGAAUUUGACAAUGAGCGGACUUGAGAGGGAGGGGGAGUUCUUGUGGCUUAUAGAAGAUACAGCAUGAACCCCCUUCUUUGUCUCCAUAUCCUGGGAUAAGAAGAAAACAAACAAUAACUUAAGACUAGCUGUUUCCAGAAAAAAACAAAAAAACUAAGUAUGCAUGUGUGAAUGCUGAAUUUCAAGAGUGCUAUUCAGUGCUAUGAGAGAGAAAAAUACACCAAUGUUUUUGUUUUAGGAGUCAUUGUCACAGUUAAUUAGGUAGCCUAAAAGAAAUUUUUUAAAAGCUUAAAAUGGAAAAGCCAUCUCUUUUUAAAAAGAAAAAAAUUAUUUUGCCUACAGAGCGGUUGUAGUCUGAGCAGAUGUUAUUUUUUUUGUUUGUUUGUUUCUUGUUCAAGACUUUUUUUCAAAAAGGGACAGCGUGCAUUUUUAUAGAGAUAUGCUUGCUAUGACAUGGACGCUUAGUGUUUUCUUGGUUAAUUCAUCAGCUAUUUGUAUGUCAGGUGGUAUUAAUUUCUAGCUGGAUCAAUAUCCAGAUACAUGAAAUGUUAGCUUUUUUCUUUUGAUUAUUUGCUUUUUUAAAAAGCUGUUGGCACCAUUCUUCUAGGCAUGAUAUGUAUUAGUCAUCUGCUAGUUCUUUUCUAUUUGAUAAAGUUGCCUAGUCUCAGUUUUGCUAUUUAUGGAUGGGGCAAACAACUGCCAAGUGCUAGAGGGCUGAAAUGAUGGAGGCUGAGGCUUGGUGUGUGUUUUGAACAUGUACUACCAAAAUUUUCACUGAAUGGUUAGCAUAUUAAAAUAUUUCCAUAUUCUUAAUGUAUAGUAACUGUCUCUGAGACAGCUAUGCAUGUGUCAGUUUUGUGCCAAGAAGAAAUUUGAUUAGAAAUGUGAAAACUUCACAUUUUCAUUUUUAUAAUUUGGGCAACUGGUUUGAUUCUUCAGUGAGAAAGGUACAUUGCUUUGAACAUGUCGAAGGAAGAAUCAUCAACUGCCACUUACAACAAUUACUUCUUUUAUCAGUUUUUUUUGUUCUCUGAACUUUUUCAAGAUAGGAUUCUGUUUGUGCAAAAGAGGGAGAGUGUCAAAGGGUUGAAGCUGUUUAAGGUCUAACUAUGUGCAACCUGUGAAGAAUGAUAGCCAUAUAUACCUGAAGCCAAGCUGUCCAAUUCCAUAUAGUGGCAAGUAGCAGAGCCUGGUCUCUUGAAAUUCCUCAGUUUCACAUCAGUAUAAGACUUUGAAAGAAGAGGAGGUGUGGGGGGGGGGAGGUCUAAUUAAUUCAGAAACUUUAACUGCAGCCAUCUGCCAAAGAUACAACAAUAUGCAACGCCCCCUUCCUUUCAUAUCAUUCAAAAGACCAAAACUGCUGACUCAGAAAGAGUAAUGGGUGUGUGGAUAUGUACUGAUGGGGUAAUACAGAAUAUUUUUGGGCCCAAAAUAACAUACUCCAAGCUACCUUGUUGCAUUGGUUGGUAUGCACGGCUCUUUUCAUACUUUGCAUAACUGACUACAGUGCUGCUUAUCACCAAAAGAGAUGGAAGCACCCACAGAGUAUAACUAGGCCUGGCUGUAAUCCUGGAAGACAUACACUUAGGUAUGCAGUCUUCAAGGGUCAUUUUACUUUCUAAUUUGGUAUUUUCUGUUUGGGAUAACAUGCAUAAUUUUUGACAACAUGCAGAAUUUAAUUUUUCUGCCUCCCAUGAGAGACGUUAUUGUCACAACCCAAACUUGAGUAGUUUUUCCAUGUAUAAGAACUAUAAAGUAUUUUCUCAAUUCUUGAUCCUUUCCUUAACAUGACUGUCCAGAACUUAAAUCAUCUUAGGCAAUGUAUUCUCCAUAUACAAAAUAUAUCAAAACUGAUAAUGUAAAAGGAUUGUGUAAAGAAUCAUUCAUGGUGAUUAGUUUUAAUUGGUUUUUAAAAAAAAUCCUGUUCUGAACAAGCAACUUUCAGGAUAGGCAAACGAGUGGAUGGAUGGAUGAUUAGACUGGCUGUUUGAGUGAAAGUAUGUAUGUUCUGGUAGCAACAUUAGAAGUCUUGAAGUUGUGACAACUGGAAACUUCCAGACUAAACCAAAAUGGCUUCAGUCUUCUAUUUAAACCAGUUAUUUGGACACCAUCCACAUGAAUUGUCAGCUGAUUUUAUAGAGACGUAUUCUGUUUUUUGACAGCACAGGGGGAAAUGAUACUUACUGCCAACUCUUGUUUUCUUACAGAAGUGGUUCUCAAAUGUUGAUCCUUCAGGUGUUUUAGACUUCAGCUCCCAGAAACCUAAGCCAGCCUGGCCAGUGUUCAAGUAUUGUGGGAGCUGAACUCCAGAAUAUCUGGAGGAGCAGUGAUUGCUGAACUGUUGUACUGUACAGGAGUACAGCAAUCGCUACUCCUCCAGAUAUUCUGGAGUUCAGCUCCCACAAUACCUGAACACUGGCCAGGUUGGCUGAAGUCUAAAACAGAGAGCAACUUGUCACUCUUGGUUUUUUGGACUAUGAUUUCCUAGCCAGCCCUGAGUCGUGGAGAUGAUGGGAGUUGCAGUCCAGCAAUAUCUGGAGACCCACACAGUUGCCCACUGUUGUCUUACAUCAUGUAGGAAUACUCUUUCUCUUCUGUUCAUCUUUCAUGCUGUUUCCUUUCUUGAGUGCUAGUGCCUUUUGUUAACGAAGCAGUCACUUCCAGUGAAAAGGGGUAUCAGCCAGAGCUGGUGUGCAAGUGGGUUGCAUUAAACACUUGUCUUCACUAGUCCCUGAGGUUUUUCAGAGGAUAAACAUUAUUUUUCUUUUGGGGGAUGAUCUCUGUAUAAAUAGUUACAAAGGGCUCCGUUUGGUUUAUAGGUAUUUUGCUUAGGGUGAUAAUCCUUUCAGUAAUGACAAUGGGAGGAAGUUUAAAUUGCUGACUGUUCUGCCUCUGGUUUCUUUUCUCAUAUAUUCUUCCCAUGAUAACAGAUCCACUUCAUUGCUGACUGCAUUUCUUACUACAAUAUUUUUUAAUUGUCUGAUAACUAAAUCAUGUUGACUUCUUCAGGUCAGAAAUUUGAGGCAAGGCAGUGAGAACUUGCUCAUGUUUAGAUGCAAAGGCUUGUUUUUCAGAAGCACUUUUCUCAUAACCAUGGGGGAUACUGGUGCUACAGGGAGCCACUUUUUUCUUCUCUAGUGAAUGACCUGUGGAUUACUCAGUAGAUGUAGCUUGUGUUGCAUAGAGGUGCACUAUUUUGUGCCAGCUGUAGCUGGAAGAAUUGCUGCAGGUUGUGCAUUUUGCUACUGCCUUUGUUUAAAGCUCUCUUUAGGCUGGCAUCAUACAUGGCACCUUUCCUAUACAGAUUUAAACUCAUGUGGAGGGGAAACUGUGCAUUCACUCAUGUUUUGGGAUGGUAUGAGUAUUUAGGUUUUCAUUUCAGUCAUGUGCAGCUGAAGGUUGUGAGUGACUCAAUAUGCACUUUCUUCCCUCCUACAUUUGUAGAACGUUACUGUUAAUAAAAUAUUUCUCAAGUCCCCAUUACCAAUGUAGUGCCACUUCACCAAAUGUUGAUUGAUCCAUUCCCAUGUUCCUGAUUUUAGAUAAAUAGUAGCUAGUAUUUCUUUCCCAAAUUUAAGACUGUUUCACGUAGUAAGUGCAUCUGGUUCUGUCUCCUCAUUACUCCUAGUUAUCCUUCUGGAAGAAAUUAUCAUCAGGUCUUGAGGGGAAGAAGUAACCGUAAUUUAACAAUGAGAAGUUUGGGUUUUUUUAUUAAUAGUGUUCUUUCUUCAAUAUUCUGUUUAAUGCAAAUGUAAUCAUAGUCCAUGCAGUUGAGUUUGAAAAUGUCCUGGCAACCCCUGCAUCUGAGAAUAUUACUUUAACCUAAGAUGAAUGAGCUCCCAGACUUCUCACUGGCCUAGCUCCAAGCCCCUUUGGCUGAAAAUAAGCUCUGUCUCUUUUUGCAGUUGGGUAUCAAGUGUGCACUAGGAGACAGAAUCUGCGCCAUUGUGUUUAUUUGGGGCAGGAGAAGGUGGAAUGCUGUAUUCUGAGGCCUCAGGGAUUUGAAAGUUUGUACUCAUCCCUCCCCCAGCAGCAGAUGAGCACAGCCUGAAUCUCUAUAGGUACAAAUAUAGCUGAUGUUUUCUGAGGCUAAGAAAUGCACGCUGUCCCAUGUCUGGGUUUCCAUUUUCCCCCCUCUUGUGUGAGUGAGUGGUUGAUUCUGCAGCCUGUCUUUAUUCUCUCUGGGGGGAGUGCAUGUGUAGAGCAGGAUGGUGUGUUGCUUCAUUGAGUCUGAGAAGAAUCCUGUAAUAGCACAUUGUGGGGAAAACAAAGAUGCUUUUUCCUUAAUGUAUAAAUGAAUAUUUGUAUGAUUAAAUUAACAGAAAACAA